AUGGCCGGAACCUUUGCCUGUCCCUUCUAUCGGAAGGAUCCCUUUCAGCAUAUGGACUGUGUCAAGUAUACUUUGACACGGUUGAGCGACGUGAAGCAGCAUCUUCAGCGACGCCAUCUAGAUCAUCUCAUCAUCCGAUGCCCUGCCUGCAAUGAAGCAUUCAAUUCAUUUGCUGAGCGCGACAAGCAUGUCAACUCAUCUACAUCUUGCCCAAACUCUCCCUCUUUGGAGUUUACCCAAUUCGGUCUUGAACAGAGCCCACACUUCAAAUUGAAGACCCGUUCUCCGCGUGGCGCGGCACCUUCUGAAAUGUACUUUGAUCUUUGGGACACCCUCUUUGGAAAAGAGACAAGACCUUUGAGCCCUUACCUUGGUCCUGUCUUUUUGGAGACCAUCGCUGCUCUCCGAGGGCUUUGGGAGACAGAAAAGUCGUCGAUUGUUCCAAAUAUCAUCAGUGAACAACCUCUCCUGUUGGUCGUGGAAGAGCAAUCGCUCUCUACUACGUUGAUGAAUACUUUCGACCUGCUGCAAACUCGAUUCGAAGAUUGCGUGAGAGACCGAUGCGCAAGCACGACUGCCCAGAUUCUCACUCCCACGGGUCUCCUCAACAAGCCAAAGGCAAGCCUUGAUUUUGGGGAACCCUCCCUUGAGCGGUUCGAUUGUUAUGUAGACCCCAAUCUCGGCCUAGGAAUUGAACCAUUUAGCAACCAGCUUUCAAAUCCUGAGUACCCGAUGAGUCUAGUUCCACAAGUACAUUACCAGGAUCCAGCUGCAGCUGCAAACAACCGAGCCGAUCAUGUCUUGAAAGCCUCAACAAGUAGCGAGAAUGAUGCAAUGAUUCAAGACAAAGAUCAUCAGGCCUCGGAAGAAGCAUCUAUCGGGACUUUUCUAGAUGACCUUGGAAGCCCGUUUCACUUCGAUUACAGCAACCUUUCGAAUUUUGAUUGUCCUCAGUAG